UAUAUUUAGCUGAGUCAAGGGGUGUGUGACUGCGGUGUCUGUGUUUGUGAAAUGAAAUCCAGGGGGUGGGCACGUAUUGCUGGAACUCCGUCCUAUUAAACCCUUCCCUCUGGAGCCCCUUGCUUUGAGAGACGGUGCAAACGCAUCUUUCAUUCGCCUCCUUUUCCAAUUUCCUCUGCCACCAAUUUCUGGAAUACCUGAAUCAUGGCUAACAUAAACACAGCUGGGGUCGAUCCGACAAAGAUGGGGGUCGGACGGGCCAUUGCUGUACUGACGUCAGGUGGUGAUGCCCAAGGGAUGAAUGCAGCUGUGAGGGCCACUGUCAGAGUCGGCCUUUACACUGGAGCCAAAGUCUUCUUUGUCCAUGAGGGAUAUCAGGGAUUGGUUGAUGGAGGGGAUCACAUCCGUCCUGCUACAUGGGAGAGUGUGUCCAUGAUGCUACAGCUGGGUGGCACAGUCAUUGGCAGUGCCCGCUGUAAGGAUUUCCAGACCAGGGAGGGGCGUUUGAAGGCUGCCUUCAAUCUCGUCAAACUAGGUGUCACCAACCUUUGUGUAAUUGGUGGCGAUGGCAGUUUGACCGGUGCCAACAUAUUUCGCACUGAGUGGAGUGACUUGCUGAAAGAUCUAAUCAGCAAAGGUAAGAUCACAAAGGAGGAGGCCAAGACUUCAUCUCAUCUGAAUAUUGUCGGUAUGGUUGGUUCUAUCGACAAUGACUUCUGUGGAACGGACAUGACCAUUGGCACAGACUCUGCCCUACAUCGUAUCAUUGAGGUGGUGGACAGUAUCACCACAACAGCACAAAGUCAUCAACGUGCUUUUAUCCUAGAGGUCAUGGGAAGACACUGUGGUUACCUGGCUCUGGUUACUGCUCUUGCGUGUGGUGCUGACUGGGUGUUUAUUCCUGAGAUGCCUCCAGAUGAUGGAUGGGAGGAUCAUUUGUGUAGAAGACUCACUGAGACCAGAAAGGCAGGUUCUCGUUUGAAUGUGAUAAUUGUGGCCGAAGGAGCAAUCAACAAAGAAGGGAAACCAAUCACCUGUGACCAGCUAAAAGAUCUGGUGACAAAGAGGCUGGGCUAUGAUACUCGUGCCACUACCCUCGGACAUGUGCAGAGAGGUGGCACCCCCUCAGCUUUUGACAGAGUGCUAGGCAGUAGGAUGGGUGUGGAGGCUGUAAUGGCUCUGCUGGAAGCCACUCCAGAAACUCCUGCCUGUGUGGUCAGUCUCUCUGGGAACCAGGCCGUCAGACUCCCCCUGAUGGAGUGUGUGCAAGUGACCAAGGAUGUCACUGUUGCAAUGAAUGAGGGUCGAUUUGACGAUGCUGUUAAGCUCAGGGGAAGGAGUUUUGAGAAUAACUGGAACACAUAUAAGCUCCUGGCUCAUGUGCGCCCCCCAGAGACAAAGAGUAACAUUAAUGUGGCUAUUUUGAAUGUGGGUGCUCCCUGUGCUGGCAUGAACGCAGCUGUACGCACAGCUGUCAGGAUCGGCAUCAUCCAGGGUCACAACAUGCUGGCUGUUCAUGAUGGCUUUGAAGGUCUGGCUGAGGAAAAGAUUGAGCCCAUCACCUGGAACACUGUUGGAGACUGGACAGGGAAAGGUGGCUCUGAGUUGGGAACCAAAAGAGUAUUACCUGGAAAGUACAUGGAGGAGAUCAGCUUGAAUAUUGCCAAGUACAAUAUUCAUGCUCUGGUCAUCAUUGGGGGUUUUGAGGCAUUUUCAGGUGCAUUGGAGAUGGUUCAAGGCAGAGAGAAAUAUGAAGAGCUGUGUAUUCCCAUGGUGAUCAUUCCUGCUACUGUAUCUAACAAUGUGCCUGGCUCAGACUUCAGCAUUGGAGCCGACACCGCCCUUAACACCAUCACCACGGUUAGAGAUACGGCACACACACUGUCUGGAUGCACAGUAUAUAAAUAUCAUAAUGAUUAUCAGCCAAUAUUUGAUGAAAUGGAGCUGUCAGACAAGUUCGAACUGAAAGAGUCAAUCUGUGGAACUACUGGCAAAAAAGAUUGA